AUGGUCCAAGACCAAUGUAUUCCCAAGCAUAUCACCUUCCUGUCCUAUGAAGAACCUUUGGGGAUCAUCCUAAAUGUACUUACUCUUUCCUUCAUCCUCAUCACCUGUUUUGUCUUGGGAAUCUUUAUCAAAUACUUAGAAACGCCACUGGUCAAAGCCAACAAUUGCAGCCUCUCUUAUGUUCUCCUCAUCUCCCUCCUGCUUUCUUUCUUUUCCUCUUUUCUCUUCAUUGGUCAGCCCCAGAAGGUGACCUGCCUUCUCCGACAAACUGCCUUCAGCACUAUCUUCUCCUUUGCUGUCUCUUCUGUGUUGGCCAAAACUGUCACUGUGGUGGUGGCCUUCAUGGCUUCAAAGCCUGGGAGCAGGAUGAGAAAAUGGAUGGGAAAGAGCUUGGCCAACCUCAUUGUCUGUUCCUGUUCCAGUAUUCAAGUGGGCAUCUGCACUCUCUGGCUGGGCAUCUCUCCCCCCUUCCUAGAGUCUGACAUACACUCCCAGUCAGGACAGAUCGUACUGCAAUGUAAUGAAGGGUCUGUGGCCAUGUUUUAUGCUGCCCUUGGCUACAUGGGCUUUCUGGCCGCUAUCUGCUUUACUGUAGCCUUCCUAGCUAGAAAGCUGCCUGGGUCAUUCAAUGAAGCCAAGCUGAUCACCUUCAGCAUGUUGGUGUUCUGCAGUGUUUGGGUGUCCUUUGUGCCCACCUACCUGAGCACUAAGGGGAAAUACAUGGUUGCUGUGCAGGUCUUCUCUAUCUUGGCCUCCAGCUUGGGCUUACUGGGCUGCAUCUUUCUUCCCAAGUGCUACAUUAUUCUACUGAGGCCUCAUCUGAAUACAAAGGAACAACUAAUGGUGAAACAAAAAGAUGGUUUCUGA